AUGGGUUUUUCUUUUGAUUCAGUACUGCAGGUACGUUCUAUUGAUCUCAUCAGGACCAGGAAAGGACAGAAUCGACAGGAGCAUCACACAGAUGCUUUCUUUAGCAAUCAUCUCAUCGUCCGUAGAGGACAAUGUUUCCAGAUGUCUAUUGAGCUGUCCAGACCUUUUGUUCCAAAUAAAGACCAACUUCACCUGGAGCUGAGACUUGGUAAUGACAUUCCAGUACACAAGGGCAGUUUUGUGAUUGUUCCACUAGUGUCGGAAUUCAAGAGAGAUGCCUGGGAGGCAAAGAUUGUUGAACAGGCAAAGACCACAAUCAGACUGUCAGUUUACUCCCUUCCAACCGCUUGUAUUGGACGGUACAAACUCAAUGUGGUAACAAAGUGCCCAGCGGGAAAGGCCACUUCACCAGACACACCUGAAAAUGACAUUUACAUGCUGUUCAACCCUUGGUGUAAAGACGACUCUGUGUACAUGAAGGACGAAGCUGAGAGGAAUGAAUAUGUACUCAAUGAUAUGGGCAAACUCUACUAUGGAACAGAGCAACAGAUUGGUACUAGAACCUGGAAUUUUGGUCAGUUUGAUGAAGGAGUGUUGGCGGCGUGUUUCUUUGUGUUGGAGAAGAGUCGCACUCCUUGCUCAGGAUGGGGAGACCCCAUUAACAUAGCCAGAGUGUUAUCUGCCAUGGUUAAUUCCAACGAUGAUCAAGGUGUGGUGAUGGGUAACUGGAAAGAUACCUAUGAAGGAGGACUCUCUCCUACAGCCUGGAGUGGAAGCAGUGCCAUCCUGAAACAGUACCACAACAGUGGAGGAGUACCUGUCAAAUAUGGACAGUGCUGGGUCUUCGCUGGAGUCACCAACACAAUGUUGCGGUGUUUUGGCAUUCCCACACGUCCAGUCUCAAACUUUAGUUCUGCUCAUGACACUGAUGCUUCCUUGACAACAGAUGUUUAUUUAGACGAAAAUCUUGAAGAGAUUAAACACCUUAACCGUGAUUCAAUCUGGAACUUCCAUGUGUGGAAUGAGGCCUGGAUGGCUCGUCCAGACCUGCCUUCUGGUUUUGGAGGUUGGCAGGUGGUUGAUUCCACUCCUCAGGAGGGCAGUCAGGGCGUUUUCCGCUGCGGUCCCACCUCUGUUACUGCAGUCCGCAGCGGACAGGUCUACCUCAAAUAUGACACACCCUUCGUUUUCGCUGAAGUGAACAGUGAUAAGGUCUACUGGCAGCGCAAAAGUAACGGGACUUUCGCUGUGAUUCGGGUUGACAAGAGCACAGUCGGUCACUGCAUCAGCACCAAAGCUGUUGGUUCAGAUAAACGCAUAGAUAUCACACACCUCUACAAACACCCAGAAGGUUCUUCGGAGGAGCGCACCGCUGUGGAAACGGCCUGCAGCUACGGCUCCAAACGGUCCAUCUACUCUCCCACCAGCGCCAGUGAUGUGUCUGUUGAAGUUGCCCUGGAGGGUGAUGGACCGUGUGUUGGUCAGGACGCUGUUCUGUCCGUCCUUCUGAAGAACAGCAGCAGUGCAGCUCGCAGUGUGGAUCUCUACAGCCAGGUGGCAGCCAUGCGCAACUCUGAAGGCAACAAGACCUUCCUGAAGAAGGACAGGACCAGAGUUGAGCUCAAGCCCCAUGAGGUCCGGUCUCUGGAGUGGAGUCUGCCCUACGAGGACUACAAGCACCAGCUGCAGGGUCAGUCAGCUCUGGUGCUCACGCUCUCUGGACGGGUCACUGAGACCAAACAAACUCUGGCCAAACAGUUCAACUUCAGACUGCGCACACCUGACCUCGUCAUCACGCCUGUAUGUGAUGCUGUGGUGGGCAAAGAGCUGAAAGUCAAAAUCAGAUUCCAGAACCCACUGCCCCGUGUGCUGAAGAACGUCAUCUUCCGGAUCGAGGGAUUGGGAAUGCAGCAUGUCAGAACCAUUCACUAUGGUGAUAUCGCAGGCCAAGCCACGAUGUCUCUGACAGAGACGUUUGUUCCCAAGCGGUCCGGCUCACAGAAGCUUCUAGCAACACUCGACUGUCCUCAGCUCACUCAGGUUCAUGGAGUCGCAAACAUCUUGGUCAAAGACCACUGAGACCUUCACUUCAUCUAACGAAGAGCAAACAUCCACAUUCUCAAGACACUUAAUGCACAGGCUUCAUGUGUUUCUCUUAACCUACACCAUUCAAACAUGCUGCUUAUUAUCAUGGAAGUUGUUUGAUAAGAUUUUGUAGAAUUUUAGAGGGAGUGUGAAUGUUUGUCACUGUCACAUUUAAAUCAGCCUCUGCUGGAAGAUCUAACUAAUAUAACUAGAAGCUUAUUGUAAAGUGUUACCGUAACAUUUGUUGCUUUACGCCUGUUUUGUGCUGAUUAAAUAACCAAGCGUU